AUGCCUUUAGAAAAACACACUGAUAUUAAGUCUGGAGACCUCCGGGGAGGGCUCCCGCUCCCCCUCGGACCGGGCCCCCUCUCCCUCUGGGGCCCCGCCUCCCCCGUGACUUUCACCCCGCCCCCCACGGUGCAGCUGGGAUCAGACGAUGAGGAACAAGAAGACCCCACUGAUUACUGCAGAGGUGGGUAUUAUCCUGUGAAGAUCGGAGACUUGUUUAACAGCCGGUAUCACGUUGUGAGAAAGUUAGGAUGGGGUCACUUCUCGACUGUGUGGCUGUGUUGGGAUAUACAUCGGAAGAGGUUUGUUGCUCUGAAGGUUGUGAAAAGCGCUCAGCACUACACAGAGACUGCCCUGGAUGAGAUCAAGCUGCUGAAAUGUGUGCGGGACAGCGACCCAGCAGAUCCCAAACGAGAGACGAUCGUUCAGCUCAUCGACGAUUUCAAAAUCUCCGGCGUGAAUGGAGUGCAUGUGUGCAUGGUGCUGGAAGUGUUGGGGCACCAGUUACUCAAGUGGAUCAUCAAGUCAGACUACAUGGGCCUCCCUAUCCCGUGUGUGAAGAGCAUUCUGAGACAGGUUUUGCAGGGCUUGGAUUACCUGCACACAAAGUGUAAGGUCAUCCACACAGACAUCAAGCCAGAGAACAUCCUCAUGUGUGUCGACGACGUUUACAUCCGUAGAAUGGCUGCCGAGGCAACCGUAUGGCAGCAGUCCGGAGCCCCGCCCCCCUCGGGGUCCUCAGUAAGCACCGCCCCUCGCGAGAAACAGACGGGGAAGGUUUCGAAGAACAAGAAGAAAAAGUUGAAGAAGAAAGCGAAACGGCAGGAAAGGCUGCUGGAGGAGAGGCUGCAGGACAUUCAGAGAAUGGAGGAGAUGGGGGCGCCCCGGCCCUGUGCGUGGAGAGAGAGCCUGCUGCUGGAGGAGCAAGAUCCAGGCGAGGAGAGGGAGAAAUACACUGAGUACACCAACUCUCAGUUCCGCAGCCAGCUGGAAAACAGCAAGGUGGACGGCUGCUAUGGCGACGGCGGAGGGGGCUUGGCCUGCAGCCCCCCCAGCACCUCCUCCUCCGGUGUUGGAUUGGAGGGGAGCAAUGGUCACGCCCCCUCGGGGUUCGGUCGCUUCACCAGUCCAGACUCUCAGCUCUCUGGGAUAUCGGGGUCCCUGUUCUCCCCCACCUCGGGAUCGGCGAUAUCGGGGUACUCAACUGAGCAGGACCGGCGGAGGAGCGACCUGUCCCCUAACGCUUUCAGUUCCGCGGACUUCCUGGUGAAUCCCCUGGACCCCCAGAACGCUGAUCAGAUCAAGGUCAAGAUUGCUGACCUGGGCAACGCCUGCUGGGUGCACAAGCACUUCACAGAGGACAUCCAGACCCGACAGUACCGGUCCCUGGAGGUUCUGAUCGGUGCCAGCUAUGGGACGCCAGCGGACAUCUGGAGCACCGCUUGCAUGGCAUUUGAGCUGGCAACGGGCGAUUACCUGUUCGAGCCUCACUCUGGUGAAGAUUACACGAGAGACGAAGAUCACAUCGCGCACAUUAUUGAGCUACUGGGAGAGAUCCCGCCCCAUUGUGCUCUGUCCGGACGCUAUUCCCGGGAAUACUUCAACAGGAAAGGUCAGCUGAGGCACAUCGACUGCCUGAAGCCCUGGGGUCUGUUCGAAGUCCUGCUGGAGAAGUACGAGUGGCCCCUGGAGCAGGCCGCUCAGCUCAGCGACUUCCUGCUCCCCAUGAUGCACUUUGUGCCCGAGAAGCGAGCCACGGCGGCACAGUGUCUGCAACACCCCUGGCUGAACUCCUAAAACCAGCCACGCACCCCCUAACAGCCUGGCUUCGAGCCCCGCCCGUCCCAGCGCACCGCGCCCGUCCCCAGAACACAUUGGAACAUGCCUCUGCUGCAGCCCUUCGUCUGCCCAGGGAUCUCCUUACCAAAAGGAUUUGUCUUCCUCUGAAACGAGAGAACGGUUUUUCGAAUGUUUUUAUACACCCUCCCUCCCUCCCCAGAGCGCUGCACAAGCCUCAACGCAAAAACCAGAGCGCUCUCGUGUCCACGUCGACAAAGCAACACUUCUGCACGUUCGUGGAGGCAACGGGAAUUGACAGUCAGUCGUUCUAGGAGGAAAGGGGGCAACCCUGAUCCGCGAAGAACUUUUACAGAUUCUCAGUGACUUUUUUCAACUUUUAGCUGUUUUAAAAUCAAUUCGAUAACUCCCUCAGCGUAAGGACCCCAGCGCUGGAAUGGUACCUUGGGAAUAAUAAUAAUAAUAAUAAUAAUAAUAAUAAUAAUAAUAAUAAAUAUACUUUUUCAGUGCCUUGAUAAAGAAUUUGGAUUUUGAUUAUUUUCUUUUUAAAUAAAAAAAAAGUGAAUACAUUUUGACUCCUGUUGCAUAGCGGUUUCACUGUGACUUCGAUAGUGAGACACACAGCUCAAGCUGCUAGCAAAACCUGGAGCGGGUGACUCUGCUGUGCAACAGGAGCCCGAUUCCCAUCCCAAAUGUACUCCCUGAACUCAGAACGUCCCGCUAGCUCUUUGACGGUCUAGACCGCCGGGGUGCAGCGCGAGAGGCAAGUUAUUAAUUCAGAAUAAUAUUACUAAUAAUGACAGAACUGUUUGAAUGUACUGUGCUGAAUUAAACUCUUUGAUGAAGUAUUCAUUUUAACCGUG